GACAUUUAGUAUAAAUAGGAGCAGCGAGAAGUUUUGCCAGUGAAGUUAUUGAGGACUAUUGCACUGCUGCAUGUCCAUCCUAUUAUCAACAAUGAGCAUCAUGUCCAUAACAAGAGACUGUGGGACCUUAAAAUAGAGAAAAACGAUUACAGCGCUAUUUAAGCUCUCUAAGUAAGUGUAUGACAGGGUAUUUAGUUCAAAGGAUGUCCAGCUGUUUGUGCCGGUCACGCACGAUCACGGCGUAUGAGGCUCAGGUUGUCACAUCGCAGGCCACUGACAUGCAGAAAGCCUCCAAGCUGAUACAGAUUGUCAUCAAAAAAGGUCGCAAUGCAUGCAGUUUGUUUUUUAGUUGCCUUGGAUUUUGUGACCCGGAGUUGUAUGAGAGUGUUACAGGAUGUCCAGUAGACAGUAGUCAUGAGGACCAUCACCAUUCAGAGGACAUCCCAUUGUCAGAAGAACAAGGGCCACAUCCACCUUGUAUUAUAAACAUACAAAAGUCUUCCCUCACCAACUGCAUUAUUGGGAACAAUAACAACCAAUGCAUUACCUGUGACCAGCAUUGUUGGCUUUCUCAGAAUGAAAAAAUCAAUGUAGAUGAAAUGGAAGAUAGUCAGAGCCAUGACCCCAUAAUCCCAGCACAGGACACGCUGAGUGGCAACAGCAUUAACGUGAACAGCUCCCAUCUAGAGUAUAUCAUCAUAGGGGACCACAACAGCAUGGUUGUCAGCAAUAGCUCAGAAGUUGACGAAUAUUCAGAGAUUGCACCAAAUAUGGAUGGUUAAGUUGCAGUUUGUCAACUCUCCUUGCCGGGCCAGACACAUGAUUCUACGCAGAAGGGGUCAUGCAUGAAGGAUCAUGUACGACCCCAUGUUCUGGUGCUUAACAUGUUCUGCCAAACAUUGACUUAUUGAAACAUUAUCCUUCAUGGAUUAUUCUGAACAUGUGUGACUUGAUGUGGCCAUGGUAUUAAUACUGCCCAGCUUCCUACUGAACAUAACAGUUUCACAGUGCUUUGAGACUCAUGUUGUAAUGGGUACAUCAAUGUUAGUGUUCAGCAGAAAUGUCAGAAACUAUAUUCCAUUAAACAACAAACAUUGCAAUUAGUUAUGCAGUUACAAUUAAGCUUUCCUUGACCUUAUAUAAAUGUUGUUUCCAGUCUUGUUUUCAGUGAUAUUUGUAACCGUAAAAUCUAUUGAUUUAUGACAGACUAUCCUGAUGUUUUAAUAGUUAUUCUGUAUUUACUUCUCAGGGUAUUCCCUGUGGAUUUUCUGAAUGUUCUGUAUUUUUAUAUUAUGUAUUUGGAAUGUACUUUGACACAGUGUUGACUGAUGAUGGCUGAGGCCUAAUGUGGAUAAUACCUGUUGAUUUAGUCUUUACACUUGAUCUUAUUAUGCCACUUAAUAAUUAUCUAUUAAUUAGUCCUUGUUACUUGCAGUACUAGAGGUACAGAGCCAUUUAGGAGUAAUGUAAGUAAAUGUGAAUGUAUUUGUAAAAUUGUAUUAGUUUUUUUUAAACAUAAUUUAUAUAUUUCUAUAUUUAAAAUUGUUACACUAUGAAACUUGAACUGAACAAUUUACAGUAUAACAAUAUAUGUUAUGUUUUAUAUAUAUAUGAUUAUAGAUGAUUAUGCAUUGUUUGUAUAGGCCUCUAGUAUUUUAAAGCUAUGACCAAUAUAUAUAUAUAUAUAUAU